AAAUAGUGAAAUUUAUUAAAAAAAUAAAUAAAUAAUAACUCAACACUGGAAAAUGGCUGCUGCUGCUCCAGUGCGUACCAAUUGGCAUCCGGCCAUGAAACACAGUGACAUGGAAAGAUGGAUUUGCAUUUACCCAGCCUAUAUUAAUAGCAAGAAAACCCGACAGGAGGGUCGCCGUUUACCCAAAGAAAAUUGUGUUGAAAAUCCCACCUAUGCUGAGAUCCGUGAUGUCUUAGCGGCCAGCCAAAUACGUGUGGCCGUGGAGAAUAAACAGUACUGUCGUGAGAAAAGUAGGGAACUGCAAUACCGUGGUCGUAUUCGUGUCCAGCUACGUAACGAUGAUGGUACGUUUUGUAAUCCCGAAUUUACCAGUCGCGAAGCUUUUAUGUUGCACGUAGCAAGUAAAAUACCUCAACUAAAAAGUCGUCAGGCUCGUCCCGGUGGCGAAGCGCCACAACAGGCCCAACAUCAACAGACUUCGUCGGGUGGUGGUGGCGGCGGUGGCAAAAAGGGCAAAGGCAAGAGACGUUAA